AUGGAGGGUUCCGGUAUCUUUAUCUGGUGUAAUGCAAGUGGUGUGUCACGAACAGAGUUUGAGUGGUCGCUCUUCCCCUCUCACUCACCCUCAUGGAAGCUGCAGAUAAUCAGUUCCUCUGAUCCUCACUUCACCUACGCACUAUACAGCGAGCGAGUUCAACAGCGACGGGAAAUCUACCUGGAGAGAGGGGGAGAAAACACAGCCCGGCUUCAUAUCACCCACCUGAGGGCACGGGACUCUGGCGAUUAUGAGUGCCAUACUCCAAACACCGCUCAGACUUUUUAUGGGAGUUACAGUGCAAACGUUUACCUGAAGGGUAAGAAAUCCAGCAAUAAAACUCACAAAAACCAACUGGAGUAUGGCGCUAAUAACUCCUCCCACUGCGCCAUAUAACACUCUAUGUAACUCCUCCCACUGCGCCACAUAAGACUCUCUAUAACUCCUCCCACUGCACCAUAUAACACUCUAUGUAACUCCUCCCACUGCGCCACAUAAGACUCUCUAUAACACCUCCCACUGCACCAUAUAAAAUUCUGUAUAACUCCUCUCACUGCACUAUUUAAAACUCUUUGUAACUCUUCCCACUAUUCCAUAUAACACUCUAUAUUACUCCCUAUAACCCCUCCUAUUACUCCAUAUAACCUCUCCCUAUAACUCCUUCUAUUACUCCAUAUAACCUCUCCCUAUAACUCCUCCUAUUACUCCAUAUAACCCUCCAUAUAACCCCUCCUAUUACUCCAUAUAACCUCUCCCUAUAACCCUCCUAUUGCUCCUACCUCCCCUAUAACUCCUAUUACUCCAUCCUCCUAUAACCCCUCCUAUUCUCCAUAUAACCCUCCUAUAACCCCCUCCUAUUACUCCCAUAUAACCCGCUCCUCCUGUACUCCCUAUAACUCCUCCUAUUACUCCAUAUAACCUCUCCCUAUAAUUCCUCCUAUUACUCCAUAUAGCCCUCCUAUAACUCCCUCCUAUUACUCCCUAUAGCCCUCCCUAUAACCCCUCCCUGUUACUCCAUAUAGCCCUCCUAUAAUAACCCCUCCUAUUACUCCAUAUAGCCCUCCCUAUAACUCCUCCUAUUACUCCAUGUAACCCUCCCUAUAACUCCUCCUAUUACUCCAUAUAACCCUCCCUAUAACUCCUCCUAUUACUCCAUAUAACCCUCCCUAUAACACCCCCUAUUACUCCAUAUAACCUCUCUAUAAUUCCUCCUAUUACUCCCUAUAACCCUCCCUAUAACUCCUCCUAUUGCUCCAUAUAACCCUCCCUAUAACUCCUCCUAUUACUCCCUAUAACGCCUCCUAUUACUCCAUAUAACCCUCCCUAUAACUCCUCCUAUUACUCCAUAUAACCCUCCCUAUAACUCCUCCUAUUACUCCAUAUAACGCUCCCUAUAACUCCUCCUAUUACUCCAUAUAACCCUCCCUAUAACCCCUCCUAUUACUCCAUAUAACCCUCCCUAUAACCCCUCCUGUUACUCCAUAUAACCCUUGCUAUAACUCUUAUUACUCCAUAUAACCCUCCCUAUAACUCCUCCUAUUACUCCAUAUAACCCUCCCUAUAACUCCUCCUAUUACUCCAUAUAGCCCUCCCUAUAACCCCUCCUAUUACUCCAUAUAACCCUCCCUAUAACUCCUCCUAUUACUCCAUAUAACCCUCCCUAUAACUCCUCCUAUUACUCUUUGUAUAGCCCUCCCUAUAGCUCCUCCCUGUUACUCCAUAUAAGCCUCCUAUAGCCCCUCCCUGUUACUCCGUGCCAGCCCCUCCCUAUAGCUCCUCCCUGUUACUCCUAUAGCCUCCUAUAGCUCCUCCUAUUGCUCCAUAUAGCCCUCCCUAUAGCUCCUCCUAUUACUCCAUAUAGCCCUCCCAUAAACCCCUCUGUUACUCCAUAUAGCCCUCCCUAUAGCUCCUCCUGUUACUCCAUAUAGCCCUCCCUGUUACUCCAUAUAGCCCUCCCUGCUCCCCUAUUACUCCAUAUAGCCACUCCUAUAGCCCCCCUCCUAUUACUCCAUAUAACCCUCCCUAUAAACCCUCCUAUUACUCCAUAUAAUCCUCACUAUAACUCCUCCCAUUACUCCAUAUAACCCUCCCUAUAACUCCUCCUAUUACUCCAUAUAACCCUCCCUAUAAACCCUCCUAUUACUCCAUAUAAACCCUCCUGUUACUCCAUAUAACCUCUCCCUAUAACUCCUAUAACUCCUCCUCUUAUAUAUAUAUAACUCCAUAUAACCCUCCCUAUAACUCCUCCCACUACUCCAUAUAACACUCUCUAUUGCUCCUCCUAUAACACUCUCUAUUGCUCCUCCUAUAACUCCUCCUAUUACUCCAUAUAACUCCUCCUAUUACUCCAUAUAACCCUCCGUAUAACCCCUCCUAUUACUCUAUAUAACCCUCCCUAUAACCCCUCCUAUUACUCCAUAUAACCCUCCCUAUAACUCCUCCUAUUACUCCAUAUAACCCUCCUAUUACUCUAUAUAACCCUCCCUAUAACUCCCCCUAUUACUCCAUAUAACCCUCCUAUUACUCUAUAUAACCCUCCCUAUAACUCCUCCUAUUACUCCAUAUAACCCUCCCUAUAACCCCCUCCUAUUACUCCAUAUAACCCUCCCUAUAAACCCUCCUAUUACUCCAUAUAAUCCUCACUAUAACUCCUCCCAUUACUCCAUAUAACCCUCCCUAUAACUCCUCCUAUUACUCCAUAUAACCCUCCCUAUAACCCCUCCUAUUACUCCAUAUAACCUCUCUAUAACUCCUCCUAUUACUCCAUAUAACCUCCCUAUAACUCCUCCUAUUACUCCAUAUAACCAAUUAGAUUACAGGACUGUUAAAGGAUAACUGUCAUUAAAAAAAAAAUCAAUGUGUCAAACAUUUUAAUAUACAUGAAUUAAAAAACAAUGAAGAGUUAGUAAAAUAUAAAGAUUAGAUUCAGAUAUUGACUUUUUUAUGAUAGGUUUCCUUUAAGGGUUUUUAAAAAAAUAAAUAAAUAAAUUGUAUUAUAUUAGAAGGGAAGACCGUGAAUAUAAAAUAGGAAAACUCUAAGUUUAGAAAUAUAUCUAUGUAUUUGUUCCUUUUAACAAUCAGUCUUGCCAUGUUGUUCUUCCGAAUUGUCUCAGUCUGUAUUCGCACAAUAUCAAUAUUAUAUAAAUUAUUUCCUCCAUAAAGAAUAUGUCCAAUCACUUUCUAUUUCUCCACCUAAAAGCCUGUGUUCCUCUGCAGUAAUCCCAGACAUGCUGAGGGUACAGAGUUUGUCACCCGAUAUUCUAACUGUAGAAGAUGAUGACCCACUGAGCCUGGUCUGCGAAGUCUUCUCUGGGACCAGUCUGCACACUCACAUCUCCGUGACCUGGUACCAGAUGUAUGGAGACGAGUCUCAUCUGAUCCUCAGCCUGUCUAAACAUUCUGUGGUGUCAGCAGGACCCGGCUUUACUGUCCGCCAUAUCAAGGGUGAGGUCAGGCUCGAGAAAGUGUCUGCUGCCUGGUACCAGCUCACGCUGACCCGUUUAAAAAUCACAGAUGAAGCAGAAUAUUGGUGCCAGGUCACGGAAUGGAUCCAGGACCCAGAUAACAGCUGGUACCCACUGAUGACCAAAAGGAGCAGUGCCACCACCAUCCAGCUGAGAUCCCAAGGUAGACCAUUAGUGGAAGGUAAUGUUUUUCGUUAUUUAUGUUUUCGCGUAGAUAGUCCAUUAAAGGACACUGUUUUCACAAAACUUGGUUGA